AUGAGAAAGAUCAUUCUUUUGUUAGCUAUCAUUAGUUUGGCACUCUGCUAAGAACUUAUAGUUGAAAAAGUAGCAGGAUAAUACAACUCAGGUUAAAAGUUCGCAAAAUCCUGGUAAAAUUCAUAAUGGAACGAUUAUCAAGAUUUCGCUAUUUAUGGAUGGUUUAAGAUUGACUCUUCAUACUAAAUUGCUGAGUGGUCAACUGGUUUCCACUUUACUUCAAAUUAGGACAAAGAUUGGACUAACGCCUCUGCUCCUGGUGAUAGAGUAUUGGCAUUCUGGGUUAUUGGAAAUACUCUCCACAAUCCUACUUACUCUUUAGCAAGAGGUAAUACUAAUUAUUACGAAAAUCUUUCCUUCGCUGCUGGAGAUACUAAUAAAUGGGCUUUUAUUUAUGUUACACAUGGUUCUAGCUAAUAAGCAUAAUACGUCUAUUACUUACUUCCUUCCUCUGGUGUUGUAACCAAGAAAAUAGCUUCAAUCACUCAUAAAACUUCCACCUUCUAUCAAAUCAAUGUUGGUUAAUCAUUCAGCUUCAAAUAUUUCCCUGGUUCUUUUUGGAGACUCUCACUUAUUGCUGGACCUAAUGCUUACAGAGAAAGUGGUUUUGAAUAGUUCUAAAACAUAUAACCUGACGUUGUUCCUAGCUGUCCUAUUCUUUUCACUGGAUGUAACUAUAGUGGUAAGGGUGAUUCUUUAUGCUAAAGCUCUCCUUCUUAUAACGUUACUGCUGUUCACUCAAUCUACCUCCCUGCUAACUUCACUGCUACUUUACAUGAUCAAGCUAAUUACGCAGGAAAGAAGAUCGUUUAUUCCCAAAGUAUUGAAUGUAUUACCUAAUUAAAUUGGGCUUACUUACUCUCUACUCAUGCCAUUACUAUUGAGGAUGAAACUAAAACUGUUCUCAGAAGAAACAACAGAAGAAAUUGA